UGAGUUUUGUCAGAACUGGUGGCCAUAUUGUUGUAUUGGGGGUUAAAUCGUAAUAAUGAAUUUAAAUCAGUCUUUGAUCGGGAAAAAGAAAGGCAGGCAUGGAUUUGGAUUCACAGUGGGGGCUGGAAAGCAAGUCAUGGGGCCUCCAACGAGGCCCCCUUUGAAGACUAAAUCAGGGCUAAAGUCGACUUCUUCCGUUUCUUCGACGACGAAUUGGGGGAGAAGCUGUCACAGUGUUGUGAAUUCGUCGACUUUGCGCUCCGGAAGCACCACAGUUUCGUCGGAAACUGAAUCUAGGGUGAUUUUAGCCUUGACGGAAGGCCGCGGCGACGCAAGAUGCGAAGUCGGCUUAGCCUCAAUCGACUUAUCCCUCCCCACCCUCAUUCUAUGCCAAAUUUCGGACUACCAAAGCUACAUUAACACGUUGACGAAAAUCAAUAUUUUGAACCCCACUGACAUAAUCGUACCUACGACGUUUCUGGAAAGCAACAACCGCUUAGUAAACACAAUUAGAAAAAAAUUCACCAACAUUAAAAUCCUUGGAAUACCGAGAAAGAGCUUCAACAAAUCGACCGGAAUGGACCGUAUUUUACAAUUUUGUCUGCCGUCGGUGAAUACAAUCUGCGUAGGCUUGCAGCACAAGUACUACGCUUUGGCAGCCGCCGCCGCCCUCACGUUCUACCUCCAAAGCAACUUAAACAUCUACUACGCCAAAGAAUCGCUCAAUGUUUUGUACCAAGAGUCGGAAGGGUACGCCAUCAUAGACGUGUCUACGGCGGACCGCCUCGAGCUGGUCUCAAGCACCAAACCCACCCAAGCCUCCCGCUACUCCACCCUCUUCGGCGUGCUCAACCACUGCGUGACCAAAGUAGGCUCCCGCUUGCUCCGCUCGACCAUCCUCCAGCCCCCUUCCUCGCCCCCCAUCAUCGAAACCACCACCCGCUGCGUCACCGAGCUCAUAAAGCACCCCGAGAAGCUCCUCUCCAUCCAAGUCAUCCUCCAAAAAGUCUCCAACAUCGACCAGUUGCUCACUCUCACCUCCAUGACCCUCGGAACCACCGACAACUGCUCAGUGCGCCAGCUAAACUACCUUUUGCUCCUAAACAGCCUGGUGGAGUUGAUCGAGCCGCUCAAAGACAUCGUCGCAGGUCUCCAGCAACCCUUCUUCAAAGAGCUGACGCAGACUUUGGCGAGCGACAACUUCGGCGUCAUCACCGGGAAGGUCCGCAAGAUGAUCCACCCGGCGGCGUUCAGCGCGAAGGGCGAAAACGGGGUGACGCAGAGGUGCUUCGCCAUCAAAUCAAACAUUAAUGGCUUGUUGGAUUUAGUAAGAAAGACGUAUUCAGAGAGGUUGAACGACCUGUCCGAGUACGUCAGGCACCUGGGGAAUAAGUAUAACUUGUCGCUGGCGCUGGGGAAUAAUAACACGAAAGGGUACCACAUCGUGCUGAAGCUGAACAACCAGCAGAAGCGGACGUUCAAGAAGUCGGAUUUGCCCCCGGAGUUCGUCCAGGUGUACAGGCUUGCGGGGAGCUGCACGAUGAAGACGGUCGAACUAAUCAACUACUCGACAAGGUUGGACGAUAUUAUGCUCGAGAUUCUAAAAAUAAGUAAUUCAAUGAUCUACGACUUGAUCGUGGACUUGAAACAAUACAUGGGUUUUUUUUAUAAGUUGUGUGAAGACGUGGCUCGGUUGGAUAUGCUCCAGAGUCUGUCUGAAGCCAGUCGGCGUCAUAGUUACACCCGUCCGAAGUUUGGGGUUUUCACCGAAGUGACGAACUCGCGACAUCCGAUGCUGGAGUUGUUGCUCGGAGAUCAACGAGUGGCUAAUCCAAUCUCAAUAAGUCAAGAUUUCAACGUACAAAUAAUAACCGGUCCCAAUGGUUCUGGAAAAAGUGUCUAUAUAAGACAGAUGAUGUUGCUUCAGGUGAUGGCACAAGUUGGGUGCUACGUCCCAGCGGACUCCGCUAUUUUCCGACCCAUGAAUCGCAUGUUUGCACGGAUUUAUCUAGAGGACGACAUGGAAUACGGCGCUUCGUCGUUCAUCCUCGAAAUGAAAGAAGUAAAAUAUAUGAUGACUUUAGUUUCCGAGAACACGCUAUUUAUAAUUGACGAGUUGUGUAGGUCGACGGCGGCAGACGAAGGGGCGGCGCUUGCAAUGGCGAUAUGUGAGAAGUUUUGUGCUACGAAGGCCUUCUUCUACGUGACUACGCACUACACGUCGCUUGCUAAUCUAACGAAUAUGUACCUUAAUGUCAAAACGUGGCAUAUGGAAACCGCCGCCACUGGGGAAACCCCUCAGGAGCUGAGUCUAAACUACAAAUUUCGACUAAUCCCAGGGGUUACUAAUUUGAAGCAAUAUGGCGUCUACAUAGUCAAGAAAAUAUGGCCGCUGGGGUUACUCGACGAGGUUUAUCGGGUUCUGGGUACCUUCCAGAAACGAUCUGUGCAAACGGAGUACGUUGGGGUCAACGAAGCAAUCAGACUUAAGUACAAGUUGGAGUCCGAUUUGAGGAAACUCAAAAGUGUGGGAAAAUUGACAGUCGCCACUAUCAACAAAAUGUUGAACGAUUAUCAAAACGAGCUACACAAAAUGAACAUCUUCGUAGAUUUGUCACUACAACCCCAGGACCAUGGUGACGACGAAAGAGACGCUUCUAGUUCAACAUACGAAAACGUGUCAAAGUUUCUUCAGGAAGAUAGUGACAAUAUCAACAAAUUGAUUCCUGAGGUGAACUUAGCGUGCUCUGAACGGGAAAUAUUUUUUGACGAGUCAGACGACGACGUUUCGAAUUUCGAACCUGAACAACCUCAAGUCGCUAAUUUAUCCAUCUGUGGAACGAACGUGGAAAAUUUAACCCCAGCCGAGCUACAAGAAAUCGAAAGUGCAAGCAAAAGCCUCCUGGAAGACGACGACGAUGAAGACGAUUUUGACUUUUCACAAGCGAGUUCGUACCACUCUGCCACGAUGAACCUCACCCCAGCCAACAAAAUUGACCCUAACGAACAACAACACAUUUUUCCCGUUGUUAAAGUUGUUGAAGGUCCGACUUGGUCACCAACGUCGUCUCAGGGUAGCCAAUAUAUAAACCCCGAAAGAGACCAGGACUUGUCACAGUCCAUCACUUACUCACCUCUAUUACCCACCAGCACAAGUAGCUCUUUACAUUUCGUGGCAAAAAAUGGCGACACGAAAAUCACUAAAAUUAGUGACAAUGUGGUCACCAGUGAUACCAACCUAGACUUUUCGACAGUCGAAAAUUUAAAGUCGCUUUCUAGCGAAAAACAAACUUCUAGUUUGAAAGAAAGCGAAAAAGACCGAAUCGUGAUAAAACGGCCGAAAAAAUUCAUCCCUCCGAGGAAACUAACGCGUAAAGAAAUCCAGGAAGAGUUCGACGAACAAGAUCGACAGUUGUACAAGAGCGACCUUUCAGAGUCCGAUUUGUCGAAAUAUUUGGAACAGAGAUUGAACAGACCUUCAGUCAAGCAAGUGCAAAAUUCCAAACAUCUAGCUUUCGUGCGUCGAACGGACGACGGCGUCGAGGUGAUUCCCGCGAAACCGGAGCCCCUGAAGAAGACCCCGUUCAGACGAAACCUGUCCACCAAUAGCAAUAUCGACAUGUCGAUUUUUAGCGACAAGAACGCCAAGCGUUUUAACGAGUUUUUAAACUCGGAGGAGCGUGAUGUUAAACGGUUUAAGUUUAAUUUAGAUUCGCAAAGUCAGACUGGUCGGGAUUUUCAUUUUCAACCUGAAACGAUUUCUGAUUAUAUGGCUGGUCUUGAUAACUUGUUUAGGGGUCAAAAUGAAGAUAAUUUUCACUCGUUGUCUACUAUAACCCCCGUUGGGUACUACGCGGAGAACAGGGACGACAUGAACGACAUUGUUAACAAAUAUUUAAGUAGUGGAAGUUCUAGUCACGAUGUAAGCAUUUUCGAAACGUGUUCUCUUAACGAAAAUGAUUUAGUUUUGUAA